CUCCGUGUUUUCAUUGUUGCGCCCAACUGCCCUGUGUUCAGUGACCCCCGACCGACCACUCAACCACGGUGACUCGGAUCUGUUAGUUAUUGAUUUUCACGUUGUCAGCCUACUGCUGUCCUUUAGUGCGCUGCUUUCUUCAUCUGACUUGGUCGACCGUCAUGGAGUUCUCCUUACCAAUGGUGAUCAUCACAGGGCUGCUCUCCCAUCUCUGAAACAUGUUUCUGUCUACUUCUUCACUCUCCGCUGACCUUUCAAAUCUCAGGUCAAGGGUUGCUGUGUGCGAUUUGGCAGAGUUUGAUGUCUGCUAAUCUGUGCUCGUUUUAUGUUCUGCAAGUUUCUUCACCAUUUGGCCGUGUGAAUUCAAGUACUAUGGGUGUCUUGUUUUACACAUUCAGCAUGCAGCAGUUGUGAGCGUUUUCGCUUCAUCGGACAUUGGAUACACUGUUAACUGUUUGAAAACUCAUGUAUUUGUUAACUCUGUUCACUGACAAGUGAAGUGAUGUUUACUAUAGACUGCUAGAGGUGUGCAAUGGGAUGACGUUGUAGUCGUCACACACGUGCCCGCUGGCAUACAAUGCCGCCCCGGAAUCGCUACUCGUCUCUGUUAGCCUGCACCAGACCCGUUGACGACUUCCUCUCCGAAGUGCCGCACAUCUUUGAUAUCCGUGCUCAGCUUGGUGACCAGUUAAAAUGUUUGGACAACAAGUUGGAAAUCCAGGUUGCGAUCGUAGCGGAGCUGCAGGAGUUCUUCAAACGGAGGGCCGAGGUGGAACUGGAGUACUCGAAGAACCUCGACAAACUUGUCAAACAGAUGAUCUCCCGCCAUAGAGCGGAAAAACAAACGCGGCAGGAGCAAUGGGCGACAUUCUCCACGUUCGCCUGCUGGAAGCUUCUGCUUGGCAUCACACGCAAACAAAGUCAGGACCACUCAACGAUCAGCGAGAUCUACGCAAACACAAUGGUGCAGAGACUCUCCGAGACCAUGGACAACUCACAGAGAAUAUUCAGAAAGUGUCGAGACAUUGGUGCCGAAUCACAUGAAGAUAUGCUGAAAGUGCUCAAUGAACUUCAAAGUGCAAUGAAGACGUACCAUGCGUACCAGUCUGAAAGCAAGCAAGCCGAAACCAAACUGCGCAGUGUGGAGGGUCAGAAACUUAAAGUGGAGCAGCAGUUGUCAGGGAAAAACCUCACGAGCAGCCGCAAACUGAAACGACUUGAGAGAGAGGCCGAGAAGCGGCAGGCCAAGUACUCUGGGAACAAGCUGAAGGCCCUGAAGGCGCGCAACGACUACCUGCUGUGUAUCGAGGCGGCCAACGCAGCCAUCACCAAGUACUUCUCAGACGACACCUCGGACCUCAUGGACUGCAUGGACUUCGGCUACCACAACUCGGUGGGUCAGACGAUGAUGAUGUACCUGUCCAUACACGAACACCUCAAACAGACGUACCAGUCGGCCAUCGAAUCGAUCAACAAGAAUGUGUCUGACCUCGACUCGCGCGUUGACAAACAGAAGUUCAUGGAACUCAACAACUCCGUGUUUAUGCUUCCAAAGAAGUUUGAGUUCCAGCCUUUCAAAGGAGAUGAGGACGUUGUCGACAUUCAGUCAGUUCGACAGAUCAGCGCCCAGAAGCCUGUUCAAGAUGACCUGGUUCAGCGCUAUCAGAGUAUCGGAGAGAGACUUGGCACACUCAAGGUGGAAAACGAUGAGAUCUGGAAGACCCUAGAAACGACGGAGAAGACGCUGGUUGACAUGAUCCAGGUGAAGGACUAUGACGUGAGCAAGUACUUCCAGGACGAGAACCCCGUACCCAAGUCUCCACACGAGGCAGCCAAACAGCGCUCAGACCGGCUGGAGACAGAGUCCUACUACCUGACAAAAUUCCGCGAGUACACUCUCAGCUGUAACAGACUGGCCCGCCUGCAGGCCAAACACGGUGCAAUACAGAAGGCUCUCGGAGAAAACGGGCUGUCAUCAUCAGGACCGGCUACAAGACCGCCAUCUUUGCCCCCAAAACCGAAGAAAAGACGGAUUGGUCGGACGCCUCCGGUGGGACAACCGAAACUGUUUGGAGGGAGCCUGGAAGAGUACAUAGAGGCAUCAGGUCAAGAAAUUCCUCAGAUUAUCCGGAGUUGUGUUAGGAUUAUAAAUCUGUAUGGUAUGCAUCAUCAAGGUAUUUUCCGAGUGUCGGGCUCUCAGCUCGAGAUCAUCCAGUUCAAAGCGUCGUUUGAAGCAGGAGAUGAUCCACUGAUGGAUGUGAUUGAUGCUAGUGAUAUAAAUUCAGUUGCUGGAGUCCUUAAGCUGUAUUUUAGGGAGUUGCGAGAACCCCUUUUUCCCCUUCAUCUGUUUGAUGAACUAGUAGCAUGCACAAGGGAAGACGACACAAACCGGAGGGUGGACAAGAUUCGAGACCUGUUGAUGACGUUGCCAAGGCCGACGCUUAUUGUGAUGAGAUAUCUGUUUGCAUUCCUCAAUCACCUGUCUGAGUACAGUGAUGAGAACAUGAUGGAUCCCUACAACCUGGCUAUCUGCUUCGGUCCGACGCUCCUUCCCAUCCCACCGGACCGCGACCAGGUCUCGUACCAAGCCAGCACCAACGAGAUCAUCAAAACAAUCAUCACAAACCAUGAGGCCAUAUUCCCCAACGAUGGUGGGGAGGUCUAUGAGAAAUGUAUUCUAGAAAGCAGGGACACCAUGACAGACCAUGAUGGAGAUGAUACCAGCUCAAUACCAAGUGAUGAGGAAGGUUCUAUGUUUGAACCAGAUUUAAUAGAAGCUACAGCACUAUACGAUUUUGAGGGUCGCACAGAUCGGGAACUGUCAUUCAAGAAGGGGGAGCAGUUGAUUAUCUACCAGCGAGCGUCUGAUGACUGGUGGGAGGGGUGUUGUCACGGCCGGGAGGGGUUAAUACCCGACAAAUACGUCUUUAUCAAAGCAGGUCUGCUUGAUGAGCAGAAGAGUCACAGUAGUGAGGAGGACAAGAUGAGCUCAACUCAUUCUCUGCCGACAAAGCCGCCAGUUGUGCGGCAGCUGAGCGAGGAGUCGACGCACAACGACUCAAAGGACUCGAGCGAGAAGGCGGUGACGACUCAGCCGCAUAUAGUGAUCCGUGAGACGGACAUCAUCAACGUGGAGCCGGAGACUUCGCCACCGUCCACCCCCCACACCGACAUCGGCACGUCGCAGGAGACCAGUCUGUCGAGCGUCGCAAACACUGACAUCGACUCGCCCGAGGAGAAGGACUUAAAGCGGCAACUGUCAUCCUCCGAGUCGGUGGCUGACGACAUCUCCGACAUUGACAACGCGCUGGAAGAGGUGAUGCUGGGGCUCAAGUCGCUCGAGAUGCAGCAGAAGUCAGCCAAGCGGAUGAGUCUGCCCGUGGUGAAGGCAAAGCAGACCCCGAAACACACCCCAGACCUGGUUCUGGACCUGCCAGCGGAGAGCGCGACAUCGCCGUCCUCCCAGGACAGCAAUGAGCCGGAUAGUCCGACAAUCAGCGCAGCCGAGACGUUUGCCAAGUCCAACCAGGGCACACUGAAGAAGGCCAACUCCAUGCCCAGGAACAUAUCCGUCAGGGUGGGCGGCGGGGGUGGGAGUGACGCGAAUCACCCACCCCCAGACGGUUCAGCCGAGUCUGUGCCCUUGUCGUCCUUCUCGUCCUCCAUCAUGAGGCGCAGUCUCAACAGUUCACAGGUGAUGAAGUCCGCGAUACAGCCGAGCGGAGUCCGGGCUGCGUCCCCCGGAACUGUUGGCCCCAGUCCCCCUCCCGUUGCCGAGAAACCAAAACCAUUAAUAAAAGCUAAGCCACCUGUGAUGAAAAAACCGAUGCGACCAGAACCAGCUCAAGACCCAACGACGAUGACGACAACAACAACAACAGUACUCAAAUAAUAUUAACUCUUCCUCCCCUCUCCCUCAGCUAAUACAAACACUGUUGGCUGAAUUUAUGAAGCUUGUUUUUCUUAAAUGCAGGUGUUUGAGCAUAGCAGAUGAAUGGAGUUACACGUGUGAAAAAUAAAAACAGACUUUGUAAAUUCGGCCCUUAUGUCUUGCCGGUACAGUGAAAUUCCUAUAAACUGUUAUGAUAAACUAGAAAGUAUCAACAACUCAUCUUAUCUAUAGAAUCGUAGCCUUCUUGCCAAAAACGUAUUAAAAGUGACUUUGGUGGAAUGUAUAUUUCAGUAAGAAAAUGUACUGUUGAUGUUGACUUUCAUUCUUGCACCACGCUGGGGGGUCUACCGCCGAUAUACCUAGCCGAGAUGUUUUUACUGUACUGGGGUUUUCUGGGGCUGUAUAAUGUUCUUUUCAUCCCUGUAUUUAAUAGAAGACAAUUGUACUAGACAGAUUAGUAAUGGGGUUGGAUGUUUUCAUUGAGUGGUGAUCUGGUGUUAGACCUACCAAGAGGACAGUUUACAGGAAUUUCACUGGGAGGAACAUACAUGUAUUACGGAGUGCAGACCCAUCAGUGCUAAGUUAUUUCUGUGCAUGACGACCUGAUUUGACUUUCAUUUUUAGCAAUUGCAGAGACUUUCUUAUUCUGGUGCUUAGAGUAGCGAACACUCAUGUUAUGUUGCUGUAUUCUGUUGCAUACACGGAGAUUGUUCAGCAAUACACAAACACAAUUUGUCUUUAAUCAGUGGAAAUGUUAACUGUUUUCAGUUCAUGAUGAGAAUUCUAACCUGGUACGUGCAUGCAAUCCUAACCACGGGUCCUGCUGUAUUAUGAGAAUUCUAACCUGGUACGUGCAUUCAAUCCUAACCACGGGUCCUGCUGUAUUAUGAGAAUUCUAACCUGGUACGUGCAUUCAAUCCUAACCACGGGUCCUGCUGUAUUAUGAGAAUUCUAACCUGGUACGUGCAUUCAAUCCUAACCACGGGUCCUGCUGUAUUAUGCAGGCAGUCACCGGCCUUGUUAUUCAAGAUGCUACACAGUGGUACAUAAUACAUUGGGUUAAUUAAGCAGCCACUUGUCCUGAGAUGGCCUUUCUAGUCUUUUCAAAGACAUUUUAUAGAGAGACCACAUUUAUAUGUCCAGUAAAACAGCAAUGAAAAUAUACAUGUAAUUCAUAUACUGAAUCAACUUCUGGUAAUGCUUGAUUAUAGGAAUCCAUUUUAUCCUACAACCACUGUUUCUACUGACAGAAUAUGAUUACGAAUAAAGCAGUCAUAUCCGUAUAGUAGCAGGAUAUCACUUUUGACGUCACUCAUGUGACAUCGGUGAUGUCACAUGCAUAGCUACAUUACAAAAUUUCUCAUUUGACCUCUAGGUCAUCAUACAAUGUGGCUGAAAUAACAGAAAUAAUAGCUUUUCUCCUUAAAUUUUAUGAUUGCAGGAUAAAGGUAAUAACUGGUUACUAACAGAUAUCUGCUUUAUCCUGUUCAGACUAAAUGAGAGAUUCCGCUUUGUGGAGUCCUGCAGAAUUUCCCAUUCUUACCUUCACAGGAUAAAGCAGAUAUCCGACGUCAUUAACUAGUUUUUCUCUCUCUCUCUCUCUCUCUCUCUCUCUCUCUCUCUCUCUCUCUCUCUCUCUCUCUCUCUCUCUCUCUCUCUCUCUCUCUCUCUCUCUCUCUCUAUAUAUAUAUAUAUAUAUAUAUAUAUAAGAUAUACUGGUUGACAUACUUGUUAAGCGUUGUCAGGAGAUAGAUAUAUAGAUAUAUAUAUAUAUGUGAGACAGAAAAAGUACACCCAAGGUGGUGGAAAUUUUGACUUGAAACGAGGCUUGUUGAAUCCCAGGGUCAGAACUUACACCACCAAGGGUAAAUUAUUAUUUUACACAAACAAAGAUAGCUGAGAAAGUUGGGGUUUUUUAUUUGACUACAUUAUUAUAUUUCAUGUCUUUCAUAUCUUAAAUAUUUAUGAAGUUAACGUUUGUAAUACAGGUUUUAAUCCCAAAAUAUCAAUAGUUAGCUCCCCUUGUUAAGCGUUGUCAGGAGAUAGAUCAUGGAAGGUAGAAAUAUCGUUCAUAGGAUAGCUCUGUUCUCUAUACUUUAGGAUGAGAAAAGAAAGCAAUCUGUCAUAGAAUUGCCAUAGAUGUUUAACAGGUGAAAUUACAGUGGUGCAAAAUGUGAAUUGUGUGAAGGAUUGAGGAUGUGAAAACCAUUGUCAGUCUUGUAUAAGUUUUCACUUUGUGUUGCAAGCUGUGAUUAACAUCUCUGAUGCUCUGCUGUCUUCCACCAAGCAACAACUGAGUUGAAAUGACAUUUACAUGGCUCACAUAGGUCUAUGAAGUUGGGUGACAUACCUUUAGAGUUUUGUGAUCAACAUUUCCAUUUCUAGCUUGUUUUAGGUUCUUGUCAAUGCAGAAUAGCACACAUCUCAGUAAAUUAUUCACAAUUGACUUAUUAUUCAACCUUUUGCUUCUUCUUUUUAAGCAUGAAUUCAGUUUAAUUUUAUGAAAGUGAAUGCCAUGUAGAUCACAACAUUUCAGUUGAAUUUUCACAAAUCUUAGACACAUUUGGUUUGUCUGUGUUGGUGUUCCAUUUUCUACACACAGUUCUGUGUAUAUUGGCAAAUAACAUUUUACCUGGUAGCUUAGAUUUAAUAUUAGUUUGAGUUACAUCUUCUGUAGUAGAGUGUUGGUGGUAUUUAACUAAACACUUAAGUGACUGUUCUGGUUUCAGGGUGAGAUAUACAAUGUAGUUCAGUAUGUUCACCUGAAGGGCAGUGGGUGGUAGGAUCAAUCCCUCUCUGUGAAUCAAAGGCUUUCCCCCAUGUCAACCAGUAUAUCAACGGCUAAUCACAUACUCAUAGGCAGGAAAGCACAUACCAGUCACAAAGCAAUGGAGGGCAUUCAAGAGCAGUGACGAAAUUUCUGAUAUUAAAUGUGUAUUUUCAAAAAAUUAACAAAAUAUUUAAGCAAUAUUUAAUGUUGCUCAAACAGUUUGAAUAUUAUGUUUAAAAACCUAACAUAAUUUAAGGAGACUUAUAAAACCUAAAAUGUGCAAUGUGUAUAUCAAAGUAGGUCUAUGUCUAUUGUAUCUUGUUUUUUGCAAAUAAAAAGUGUUGGGUGGUUUGUUCUUAAAAUGAAGAGUCCAUGUUUGGGUCACACCGUCAGUGUGUGUGCGUUGUACGUGUUGAAGCGAAAUACUAGUCGACUAAUGAAGAUGAUUACACGCUGCUGGGGAAAGACCAGGCAUAUUUCUGAAAGUAGAAAUAAAAGACGAUGCAGGUUCUUUAUAAUCACAGGUAUUUGAUAUUUGGGAGCAGUGUGGUUUUUAUUACACAUGUAGCAAUACGUGUGUGCCACUUAUGGGUCACGAUAUCAUACGGAAUGCAUGGGUCACGAUACAAUAUUUAUUGUGAUAAUAAACUGGAGUUUUAGCAUACAUUUGUGAGAUUGCCAUGCAUUUUUUUUAUUGUACGUGGUAAUAACUCGUUUGACCAAUUUAAAGACAUACAAUUGGCUCAUAGGUGAUUACCCGGUUGUGACCACCAUACCAUCCAAUGAUUGAAAUUGAUAGCUGUGUGACAUAUAAAUUAUUCUGAAAUUGAUUGCUUUUUGAGGGUUAAAUUAACUACAAGCAUGAGCCCAAAAUAAAUUUGAAACACAUUUAAAAAGGUAUCCAGCUCGCUUUAGCUCAUUGGGUACGCUUUGAAAUAACCUGUGUAAUAAAUGGCAUCUUAACGACCACUCGUGUAUCUUUAUUUAUACAAUAUUUAUAGAUACAAAUAAUUAUAUCUUAUAUGUUGGAGAAUUCCUGCAGUUGAAUAUGGGAAUUAUAAUUUUAUUGAUCAGGCAUGUCCCCAAGUUGGUAAAAAAAAAACAUUGUCAUCUUUUUAAGCCAAAUUGAUUAAAACAUGUAUGUAUCGUAUAUAUGGCAAUACAGCUACUCUGAACCUGCUUUGUGACAUGGUCCGUGUUUCAUGAUACGAUACUGUAUCAUCAUAUCAUUACACUUCUGUGUUUCAUGAUACGAUACUGUAUCAUCAUAUCAUUACACUUCUGGCUUUAUUCAAAUAUCUGUACACAAUCUUAAUGUACAUUAUUCUUAGUGUAAUGUUUUCAGCCCUGACCAGUUGGACAGAAUUAUGAUUGUUGCAGGUUUAUAACAAUAUUAAAAUUACAAAUAGUGAUGAGCAGAAAAACCAAAACUUGAUAAGUUCACUAAAGGAAUGUUUUGUUUAAUCGGUGACAGUGAUUUAUUACAUAAGUAAUCUCUUGCUGCUUAAAGGCUUUGGGGUUUUAUUUAGCAGCUAUUAAAUUGGUUUAUAUGCUCAUUACAGUUAUAGGACAGCACCGAUCGAUCCCCAGCUUUGAUACACCAAGCAUGGAAUAUUGAUCAGACUGAGGCAACCUGAAUAGUUUCACAUGGGAAUGGAUCUCACAACCACUGGACCAUGAUAGAUUUGACUGAAAUUGGAAGUUUAUUGUUUAUUUAAUUAUAUGAUUAUAAAUACUGAAUUCUAAAUUGCAUACAACCGUGUUCAUACAUGAAAUAGUUUUUUUAAAAAACAACUCCAAAACACACACACAAAAUCCGCAAACCUCAAAGCAUUGUUAUUGAAUAUAAGAAAACAUGUAUUAUAUGCAAAUUAAAUGUUAUAUUCUUUGCCUUAUUAUUUUUCUUUCUUUCUUUUUUUCAUUUUCUUUGCUACUGCGUUUUGUUUUUUUUACUAUGGAAUUUAUAGUUUAGGAACUUAUGGACUGUUUCACUCCCAAUGCCAAAUAUAUAGCCAGAAUAUAUAGGUAUUAUAGAAAAUGUCUUCCAACUAUUAAAAACUAAACCAUUUAUCAUGUUUUCUUCAUCAUAGUAAGUUUUCAAAUAGACAUUUUAAUAGUGAAGUCGUCUUUAUCGGAACUAAAUACAUGUACUACUUUUGUACUUACUAGAUACAAGUAUUUUUAUGAAGAGAAAUGUAUGUUGUAUUUAUUAUUCAAGUGUCGUACUAUUCAUUAUUUAUACUUUUUAAAACUUUUAAUAGCAAAAUUUCUUUAAAAUGAAAUCUUACACUAAUUUAAUUGUAAAAGAAAAUUCACUGCAUAUAUUAUUUUAAUGAAUAAAUGAACAAGUCUUCAAAAAUUAGAUAUUACAUAUUCAAAUUUAUUCUGAAAGAAAAUUCUGUAUUUAUUUUUAUGAAUAAAUUAACUGGAAAUGAAUUAGGAUUUUAACAGAAAAAUCAACCUUUAGCAAAACAAAAUACUGUUUAUUAUGAACUGUUAAAGGCAUUUAUUCCCUCUUACAAUGCUGUAGCAUUUAUUUUACUACUAGCAUUUAAAAUCUGAAUUAUUCAGGCUUUGUUUAGGGUUUCUCUACUCUUAUUACAAUCAUUGCUCAUUUCAAGUGUUUCUGCUCGCCAGUAAUUUGUGAUAACAAUUUGUUUACAAAUGUUUUAUGUGGUAAUUCUGCGCAGGUCUGACGUUGAGAAAUAUGAUCCUUUAAUAACAAAGCAAAUACACAUGAACAAUAAACAAGUGUUUCAUAAUCCAAUUAUUGUAUCUAAACAAUUUACAAAAUGUAUGAUGUAGAUUAUUUCAGUUAUUUUGUGGUUGAAGAUACCAUGUUAUUGUUAUUAAAACGUAGCUAUUCUAGCAAGAAACGAAACCCUUUUAAGGUUUGAACUUUAGAUAUAGAUAGGUUUUACAUAAAAUGGAAUAUUUGUUGUAUAUUAUUACACUGGGUAUAUGUCACCACACGAACAAAGUAAUGCUAAAUAAUAUCAACUUGUUAAAACCAAAAGGAUAUGAAUUCUUCACCUACAAAUUCCUAACAAAAAACAUUUAUGAAGUUUUCGUAUGUCCGCACAACUACAAACUAAUUUAUAUUCAGUGUUUAUUCUUUUUUUUCAAUUCUUUUCUUUUUUAUUCUUUUUUUUUGAAAACUGGUAUAUCUUAAACAAAAAUAAAUUGUUCCUUUGACCUCUCCUAAUUUAAUAUGGUGGUAAAUUAUUACUAUUUAAUUUUUUUUAAUUGACUCAGUUUUAUACAAACUGGCAGUGUUUAUUUCAUUUUGACAACUUAAAUUACUGACUUUUUUUCAAUCUACAGUGUAAAUUAAUUCACAGUAAAUUAUCUUUGACAUAAUUGUGAAUAUUGUUGUUUUUGUUUGUACAGAUUGAUUGUAUGAGCGUCUGACUGCAUGAACACCAGCAUGUUUGUGUGUUAGUACGGAUAUAUACAGUUAGACGAGUGCGUUUGUUAUCCUCAUUGUGUGUGCGUUUUAGUCCGAUCUAUUACUUAUAACGUUAGAGAGUGUUUCUUAUUCUUGUCCACUGUUUUAUGUUGUUUGGAAGAGUACAUGUUUUAACAAAUGUUCCUGUUGUUUAAGUUGUACAUAGUAUAUGUAAAGACUGUCGAGUGCGAAGGAGUGGAGAUCUGAUUGCAAGUGAUGUGUGUCACAAGAUACUUGUCCAUUUUUGUAAGUAAAUCUCAUAAACCCUUUUUAAUAAAAAUGCUUCAACAUAAAAAAAA